AUGUUCAACACAAUUGGCCGCAGCAAACAGGCAACAGUUCAUCCAUUCAUAAAACCAGCUAAGUCAGUGCCCAUUCCUCCAUCUUCAUUGCAAGAUAUCUCCAGCUCACAAUCCUUUCAAGAUAAUGAUGAUGAAGGAGAAAUAUCUGCAUCACAACUCUUCCGACAGAGUAAUUUCAAAGUUCCAAUAGCACCCAGGGGUAUUUUGAAACGGACACACCAGUCUGUCAGAGAAGCUUUCGAUGAGGACAAUAUCUUUGGAUCACAAAGUCUGUUUGAAGAUGAUGAUCCCAAGCCAUCGAGGUCUGAUAUCUUCAAUAAUGACUACGGCGACAGCCAAAGAAGUGUAGGGCACCAACAACUUCUAUCUCAAGUUGAGGAUGUGAUUCCAAGUUCGCAGCCGACCAGACAUGGCCAAAGAUUCAUUCCUUCAUUCACACCCAAGAGGGUUAGAAUAUCGGACAGUGUAACUUCAAGCCAAAGAAGCAGUCAAGAUAAUUAUGGAGAUGACUCACAAGCUACGGUGACGGACAGUCCGUAUACACUAGCUAUUCCUGGGUACGCAACCCCAGGUGGAACGACACACAGUGGCACAAAACUUCGCUCUGUGAAUGAAAUACCUACACAAUACAGAUGUGUGUUUCCCUUCCCCUACUUCAACAUUGUGCAGUCCAAAGUACUUGAUGAUGUCCUUCAUACAGACAAGCAUAUGGUUGUUUGUGCUCCAACUGGAUCAGGCAAAACAGCUAUAUUUGAAUUAGCCAUUGUGCGCUUGCUAACAGCAUUGGGUGCCAACGCCAUCAAAUCAAAAGUUGUAUACAUGGCGCCAAUCAAAGCCCUGUGCAGCCAGCGCUGCCAAGACUGGAAAGAUAAAUUUGAGCCUCUUGGUCUGAAGUGUCAAGAGCUGACGGGUGACACUGAGAUCGAUGAUUACUUCCAGUUGCAAGAGAUUAAUAUUGUCUUGACCACUCCGGAAAAAUGGGACAGCAUGACAAGGAAAUGGAGAGACAACAAGUCUCUUGUGCAGUUAGUCAAGUUAUUCCUAAUUGAUGAGGUUCAUUCAUUGAAUGAAGAGAAUCGAGGCGCCACUGUGGAGGCAGUGAUCAGCAGAAUGAAGACAGUACAAGCAGCUGCGGCCAGAGAAGCAACAACCACUGAGAAGGCUGCAGAAGGGGGGACACCAGACUUGAGAUUCUUAGCUGUGUCUGCUACAAUCCCAAAUAUUGAAGAUGUAGCUGAAUGGUUAAAGACUGAUGGCAAAAGUGGAGUCUUUCACAAACUUGAUGAGAGUCACCGGCCUGUUAAAUUGAGGAAAGUAGUGCUUUCCUACCCCUGCUCAGACCGGCAGUCUGAAUUCCGCUUUGACUUGUCACUCAACUACAAGUUGGGUGGAGUUAUACACACCUACUCAGAUCAAAAACCAACACUUGUGUUCUGUGCGACCCGUAAAGGUGUACAGCAAGCAGCAAGCAUACUUAUAAAGGAGGCCAGGUUCAUUAUGAACGGUCAACAUAAACAGCGACUACAGAAAGUAGCCAAUAUGAUCAGAGAGACUAAACUAAGAGAGUUACUGCUGAGCGGUGUAGGCUAUCAUCAUGCAGGCCUAGAUGCCCAAGACAGGAAAUGCACAGAAGAAUUGUUCAUCAGCGGAGAUCUGCCGGUUCUCAUUGCAACCAGUACUCUAGCGAUGGGUGUUAACCUACCAGCCCAUCUAGUAGUAGUGAAAUCCACCCAGCACUACAUCUCAGGCAUGUACUGUGAGUACACAGAGACACAGGUACUACAGAUGAUUGGUAGGGCUGGUCGGCCGCAGUUUGAUACCAGCGCUACUGCCGUCAUUAUGACCAAACAUGAGAGCAAGAAAAAGUAUUUGUCUCUGCUGAAUGGAGCUGAUGACAUUGAAAGCAGCCUUCACAAUCACCUGAUAGAGCAUCUGAAUGCAGAGAUAGUCCUACACACCAUCAAUGACAUCUCGAUUGCACUGGAGUGGCUCAAGUCUACCUUCUUGUAUAUCCGCAUUAUGAAGAAUCCGUCUCAUUACAAGAUCCCUGCCAAUCUGACCAAGGAACAGAUGGAGACGAAACUACAAGAUAUAUGCAUUAGAGACCUGAAUUUGCUGUCAAACUUUGGUCUUGUCACGAUGGAUGCAGAAACAAUGGACCUGAAACCAACAGAGACUGGGCGACUGAUGGCAAGGUACUGCAUUGCCUUUGACACUAUGAAGCAGUUCAGUGCAGUAGUAGGCACAGAAUCCAUGGAGGAAAUUCUAACCAUGCUGUGCAAAUGUAAGGAGUUUGCAGAUAUCCAACUGAGGGUCAAUGAAAGAAAAGUCCUGAACACUCUCAACAAAGACAAGAACAGGGUGACCAUUCGAUUCCCAAUGAAAGGAAAGAUAAAGACCACUGACAUGAAAGUUAACUGCUUGAUCCAGUCAGUGCUAGGCUGUCUACCCAUUCAGGAUUUUGGUCUGACUCAAGACACUAAUCGUAUCUUCAGAGCUGGUCAGAGACUUACAAGAUGUUUACUGGAGUACUUGAUGCAGAAGACUAAUUUCAAGGCUCUCUUACAUGCCGCAAUGAUCUCCAAAUGUUUCAAGGCAAGACUCUGGGAGAACUCCAAGAAUGUGGCCAGGCAACUAGACAAGAUUGGACCAGCACUCGGAACAGCUUUGGUCAAUGCAGGAAUAACCAACUUCCAGAAAGUAGAAAGCACUAACCCAAGGGAGCUUGAACUGAUUUUAAACAGACAUCCACCCUUUGGAAAUUUGAUUCUAGACGCUGUCACACACCUACCAAAGUAUGAUGUCUCAAUAGAGCAGGCCCCUCGGUACAACACUCAGUCAGCUGAGAUCACUCUGACCAUUGGUCUGAUGAACCAGGAGAGCUUGGCCAAGAAGCGGACAGCAAAGACCUAUCAUGGAUGUAUGCUUCUUAUUGGAGACGCUGAUAAUAAAGUCGUCUUCAAACAGAGAAUCAUGGAUUCACAGCUUGUGAGGAGCGGGGCAUGGAGCAAAAAGAUCUACAUUAAGAGAGCUAACGGUGCAGAACAGCUCAGUGUCAAUCUUAUCAGUCAAGACUAUGUUGGACUCGAUGUACAGAGCAGCUACACCCCUUUCUACUCUGGACCCAAACACAUGCAGGCCAUAACAACAGAGCGGUCUCAUCCUACACCCCUACAACCCAAGACUAAUACACAAGAAAGAAGGCAACCGGCAAUGAUGAACAGCUGGCAGGGAUAUGAUAAUGAUCUGAAUACUGAUGAUGAGGAUAUAUCAGAGUUUGGCGAUCGUAAACCCUGCAACCAUCACUGUUCUAAUAAAAACUCCUGUGCCCACGAAUGCUGUAAGUUUGGAAUACCCAUCAAGCAAUCCAAGCCGAAGGAAGAAAAGUCCAGUCGGAGGUCAACAGUGGCCAACACACCCUCCGCAAGCGGUCAGCCUAGAUCGUCUCGGCUCGACCAGUACUUUAGUGAUCUGCAUGCAAAGUUAGAUGUAUUGCCACAAACACCCAGUAUUAAAAGAUUGAAGGCUAAACAAGGAAGCAAUACAUGCAAUGUCGACCUGGAUAGAUUCUCCUUUACACCUCAGUCUAAGACAGUGGUUCCCCCCUCCUCCUCCUCUACACCCAGCCUCAUGGGUACCGCAAGGACACCUGCUACUCCCCAAUCAGCCGCUAAGGGAUGGGAGAUGCUGGAUAUGUAUCAACAGACAAGGUGUCAUCAGGGAGUCAUGAUGGAGGAGGCAGAAGAUCAAGUCAGAUGUGAAGAUUCGCUUCCAAUUCCUGAAGAAACGACGCCCUGGGUAGUAGACAAAAGGAAUAUCGAGGAUGGAGAUAUGUCUUGGUCAGAUACGGACCUAGAGGAUUUUUUCUUGGACAGUAGCUCCCAGGUUGACCCCGUCAGCAGUCAAUCUUUUAACGAGUCUAACAAGCAGCCUUGGGACAUGGCGACUUAUAAGCAGCCCAAUCAAGCAUCAGCAACCCUUCAUCCACAACAAGAAAAUACACAACACCAGCUCUCGAACAUUUUCAAACCUGCAUCAGUAAACCGGCAACAACUUGGACAACAGCCAACGGCCUGCGUUCUUGAAGCAGGGAGGAGUGCAACAUCCACAAACCAGCUCAAACAACCCAAUCCACACCAGCGAGUAUUAACCCCCUUCAAACAGGCAUCAGCAAAUAAGCAACAGUUUGAUCCACAACUUGGGCAACAGCCAACGGCCCGCGUACUUGAAGCAGCGAGUGCAACAUCCACAAACCAGCUCAAACCUAGUCUGAGUCAGCGAGUAUUAAACCCCUUCAGACAAACAUCAUCAAGUCAGCCACAGUUUGAUCGGCAAAUGGCAACGUUAAAAUCAGCACCAAUCAACAAGCAUGUACAAGAAAAACACAAUCCACGUCAGCAAGUUUCAACCACCUUCAAAUAUGCAUCAGCAGAUCAGCAACAGUUUGAUCAACAUCCGCAAAUGGCAACCUUCAAGUCAGCACCAAUCAACCAACAUCAACAAGAAAAACCUGAUCCUCGUCAGCAAAAUUCAACAACCUUUAAACAAGCGUCAGGGAAUCAGUAUCAUGAUCAACAACAGCAGCGGUCGGGCAUCAACAAAUCAGCAUCAUCAGCAACCCUCCAUCCACAGCCACAUGGUCAGUAUGGAGGCAUGUCCACACAACCAAGCGGAUCAUUGUCAGAAAGCGUUAGGCGCAGAGGUCAGGUAUUUGCUUGGAAGUCUCCUAUAAGCAAACAACCUACAGAAGACACUAGUGUUGUCUCCUCACCACCGAUGGGACUCACUCCAAUGUGGCCCUCUAGUAACAAAGGAGCAGCAAGACAAGCACCAUCCACUGAUGACAGCAGUAGCAGAGCCAAUGAAUUUAGAACAGCAAAAUCAGCUCUGGCAUCCUGUCCUGCUUCAUCCAACACAAAUACAACAAAGUCUCUAUCAUCAACUAGACCCAGGAGCUGUACAUACACAACAACUGGAGAGACAAAAACACUACCCAAGACCAGUAAGACUUGCAUUAGUAACUCACCAGUCUUUCAGCAUCAGAUGAUGAACGCAUCAAGACAAGACCAGCUAGUGGAUUUGAACGAGGACCAACACUUCAGCAUCUCAUCGGAUGAAGAGUUUAUUCUUGACAGUAAUCAGUACACAAUGAACUCCAGCUCAGAUGAGGAGUUUCUCAACAGCUGUCUCCAAGUGGAGUCUCAAGAAGCUAUCAAUGUAAGAUCUACAGCGGGAAUGUUUCAGAGAGACUGCCAGGCUGUGUCUGCUCCAGUUUCUCACCAGAAGAAACAUGACGAUUUAAUUAGACAUCAAGCAAGGACUGCAGAGCCAAAACUGACUGAUACAAGUCCUCUCCAUUCCCAAAUCACUCAUCCAAACCAACGUCCAGAUAUUCAUCCAACUGAAUCAACUUCAGCUGAUAAAGCUCGUCCUACUACCUCAAUCCAGCAGAGCCAUAGAAUCAUGAAUUCUUCAAAAUCUUCUGAUAUUCCAGCUCCAGCCCAACGUCAUGGAUUUCAGCCGUCACACAAACCUGUACCCUUUGAUUCCCAGGAAUCUAAUCCCCGUCCUUUUCUAUCAAGUCAAAAGAACCGAAGCCCGCUCUCAUCUGUGACAGCCGUAUCAAAGAAAGAUGAUUCAACCCAAGAUGACGCUGGAAUUCCUGGUUCAAUGACGUUGAUGUACUCGCCAGAAAUCUCUCCAACGACAUUUUCCCCGCCCUUAGUAGACUAUGGGCAAAUGUCACCUGCAUCUCUGGUCUCUAAGAAUCCACCUGAUGCAAUUUCACAAUCACAAUCAUCGGAUGCCGCCACUCCAAGACCUUCGUCACGUGCAAGACAGGGAGGUGGUCUCCCGAAGAGGUGGACAAUAAGUCCCAGGCUGUCUGACCUCCCUGGCCUGCAUCACAUAAGUUCACCACCAUCAAGACAACUCAAAAACCAUUCUCCAAAGUUAAGUCUUGGCUCUCCUCCUGAGGCGAUUCUACACUCUACUCCAACGUCUUCAAAAAGUGGAAGCACACAGUGGAGAAGACAAGUUUGCAGUCCACUUCUGAGAAGACAGAAAACAAGAAACUUCUUCUCUGCAGUACCCGACCAUUCACCUGAAGCUGCUGAUGAUGCACAAGCCCUGUUUGAUCAGAUCUUCCAAGGAAUAUUCUGAGAGACUUCCUUAUUCCAUCACCACCAUUCUUAAUCUCAGAUUAUUUCAGAGUUCACAUCAAGUCAAGGUACUCUUCUACUAAUGUGAAUUUUGUAGAUCUUAGUCUUGGUUCAAGGCGUUGUUAUUCAUUCGCACUCAAGUAUUGUAAUCCCCUGCUCCACUUCUCCUCGCCGCACAAAUUACUAUCGAACCUUAGCGGAUGCUGUUGAAAAACUUUCAGAUCACCCUACCACAUGGCAGGAUCGCGGCUUACAGAAACACUCUUUAUCGGUGGAAUAGUGCAACGUGUGUAGCAAUGAGUUUAUGUGCAUGUACCGGUACAUUACGACAUUACGGAGGGCGUCUUGGGCUUAUGGAACGCCAUAGGGGUAUUACGGUACCAUGGAUGUUUUACCAACUCAACAAGAACGUUUUUUCCAAGGAGUUACAUUCAAUCAGCUGUUCCUAAGCUGAUUAAAUCCUAAUGAUGUUUAAAUCCUAACCACAUUUGUGGAAUGUGUAUCAACUGACAAAACACGUCUACUUAAACUGACCUUUGAGAAAGUUCAAGUUGUGACCAAAAUGAAAGUCAACUUUUCGUAUGCAAGUUGUAUUUUUCAAACGGGUUGAUCUCUUUUGAGUCACGUGGGACAAAAAACCACAAACUACUUAUUUUGUUGGGAUGUAAACCCAUGACCCUUAUAUAAAACAAGUAAGGACUCAAUUUUUGUUUCUUCUAAAUAUUUAUAUCUUUCACACUUUAUUUACAUUCAUGUCAUAAGUUAUUAUAGAAAUUUACGAAACUUUCAGAUGUUUCCCCACCUUUGGAAAUUGUUUGGGAAAUAUUUUGUAAAGAAGGACUAAAUUUAUACCUAAGAUUAAUAUAUUUCUAGUUGUGUUGAAACGAAUGACAUUACCUUUAAUCUCACCCUGUACUAAUAUAUUGAAAGAAAUUAAAACUAUUUACUGAAUUCUAUGUACAAUUAAAAAUUAUCACAAAUCGUAAUUUACUAUAUUUAAUAUACAAAAGAUAAUAUAUACAUGUUUUUCUGUUUUAGAAGACUGAUAAUAUAUUUAUUAGUGUUGCGCUCGUGUUUUACACAUUUCAAUGUCUUGGACUAUUUAUUUUUAAAGAUAUUUAUAGCAAGAACUUCCUUGAAUAUUCAUUUAGUUUUAAUAUUUUCAAACUGUGCAAAAACUUUUUUUUUUAAACAAGAGGGUUAUUAAUUAAAAUCUUAGUAGACUUUUUAUUUUGGUUUUACCCAUAUACACUGAUGUGUGUUAGCACUGUAUAAUCAGUACCCGAAAUC